AAUCCCAGUGUGUUCAUCAUCACUAGUACCACCAAAGAGUGGACUGUGUUAAUUGUGAAUGGAUUUGACUGCAGGUGCAAGGUUAACAACGUAUGAUGGUAUAUAAUGGCGGAUCGUCCCAAUUAGUUGGAGACCGGGGAUCCUAAUCCGAGUAACUUACAUGUUUGGUUACACUUGGAACAGAAUAACCCUACUAAUCCGUAAUUGUCUAUGAGGAUAAAGAGGAGGAGUCAGUUUCAAUCCAGAUAUUGUGGAACAACAACCAGAUAUAUGAUUUCCCGACGCAUUUGGUUACCGAAAUACUACCUAUGUUGAUACAAUUUAUAAAUUGAUCACUCUUUCUGUAAUUAUUCUAAAUUCGUGUACCUUUAUAUAUAGCUGCUGCGUACACAUACAUUAUAUAGUUGUCAUCUGGGUUUUAGCUGUGUGUGUUUUUAUAUAUAUAUAUAUAUAUAUAUAGUAUAGAGAAGAUGACAAACUCUUCAAGUCCACUUAUUGUGUGUUUCGGGGAGAUGCUUAUUGAUUUCGUACCUGACACUUCCGGAGUUUCUUUAGCCGAGUCUAAGGGCUUUCUGAAAGCCCCUGGGGGUGCUCCUGCUAAUGUUGCCUGUGCUAUUACCAAGCUUGGUGGCGUGUCUGCUUUUAUUGGCAAGGUUGGAGAUGACGAGUUUGGCCGGAUGUUGGUGGAUAUACUGGCAAAGAACGGGGUGAAGAGCGAUGGCGUGUGCUUGGACAAGCAUGCAAGAACAGCUCUGGCGUUUGUAACGCUGAAACGCAACGGAGAGAGGGAGUUCAUGUUCUACAGGAACCCCAGCGCGGACAUGCUGCUCAAGGAGUCCGAGCUGAACAUGGGUCUCAUCAAGCAAGCCAAGAUCUUUCACUAUGGAUCCAUAAGCUUGAUUUCAGAGCCUUGCAGGUCUGCCCACAUGGCAGCCAUGAAAGCCGCCAAGGAAGCCGGUGUUCUUCUCUCCUAUGAUCCCAAUGUUCGCCUGCCCCUUUGGCCUUCUGCAGAUGCUGCUAGACAAGGCAUCAAAAGCAUUUGGUCAGAAGCUGACUUCAUCAAGGUUAGUGACGAUGAGGUGGAGUUCCUGACCCAGAAAGAUCCCCAGAAGGAAGAUGUGGUGAUGUCAUUAUGGCAUGAUCAUCUCAAGCUACUUGUCGUUACGGAUGGCGAAAAGGGUUGCAGAUAUUUCACCAAGAACUUCAAGGGUAAAGUGGCUGGAUUCCCGGUGAACGCCAUUGACACAACAGGAGCUGGGGAUUCUUUUGUAGGAGCACUGCUGUGCUCUGUUGCCAAUGAUCCUUCUAUCUUCCAGGAUGAAGGAAAACUCAAAGAGGCUUUAACCUUUGCAAAUGCGUGUGGCGCAAUCUGCACGACUCAGAAAGGAGCCAUUCCGGCACUCCCCACGCCAUCCGACGCCCAAGCACUCAUAGCUCAGUCCAAAGCCAAGUAGAGAGAGAGAAGUGUUUGCCAUGCGUGUCUGGGAGAGUUAUCAUUCACUGUCUUCAUGAUUUUAUGUUCUUGCUACUCCAAUCAAAAGACAAGAUAUUUCUUCUUGCGUACCAAUGACAUAAUGAUACAAUAUUCUUAGACAUAACUAUAUGUUUUCACAAUAAAUUGUCGAGGGAGAAACUUGUUCUUGUUUCAAAUCAGCAAGAAUUCUCUUAAGCCUAAACGCUUCACAAGCUAUCAGCAGCUGAACUAGAUCCUGUACAGCUGAAGACAAGGCAGUUGUCUUUUGAUUCCUGGAAGAACGUGAGAUUGGAUUUUAUGCAAAAGAUAUAUCUAGAUGUAGUUUUCAUGUCACAA